AUGUCUGACAAUUUGCAUAAAAAAAUUUUCAUUAGUUUUGACCACAACAAACUCUCAUUUCCAGCGACCAAGCUUUUUGCUGAAACUCCUGUGCCUUCAAAAUCUUCAAGCGUAGAUUUUGCCUCUCCUGCAGGAACUUUUCGGCCUAAAACAGCUAACAAAAAGAAAAUGCAUUGAAAAUCAACAGCGACUUUGGCGACACUAAAUCAGAUUUCACCAAGGCAGAAUUUUGGUAGAAUCAGCCUUUCGCCUGGGGUUAAUUAUCAUAGAAAACUUGAAGAAAUUUCAAACCAUGACCAACAUUUAUUGAGCAGGGCAACUCCAAGUCUUCCAAAUAUUGCAAAUCGUAGCACAGGACAGCCCUCAGAAAGGUUUGAUAUUGUAGCGAAAUAUAACGAAAAAAUGCAAAAAAAUCAAAGCAUUGAAAACGAUGUCCAGAUUGAUUCUGGAAAACCAAGCACUGUUGACCCAUUUUACCUGCUAAAGCUCGUUAAAACUUCUCCACAGCCUUCUUACAGUGAAUACCAUUCUUUGCAAAUAAACUUGCCAAGACUUACCCAGCACCAAAAAACGGUGAUUUUUGACCUUGACGAAACUCUGAUUUUCUGUUCAGUAAAUCUAAAAAACCCUGACAAAAAAUUGCAAAUCCCGCUAGGCAUCACAGUGACUGCAGGAAUAAAUAUCCGCCCAUAUGCAAGUGAUAUAUUAAGGAUGGCAAGCCGACUGUUUGAAGUGAUCAUUUUUACUGCAAGUACCAGAAAUUACGCAGAUCCUGUUAUUGACUUAUUAGACCCUACUAAAAAGUAUAUAAGUCAUAGACUAUAUAGAGAAAAUUGUUUAUUGGUGAAUGGGCUUAGGGUGAAAGAUUUAAGUAUUUUGGUAGGUAGAAGUCUGUCAAAUACUGUUAUCAUUGAUAACUCUAUUUAUAGCUUUGGAAAUCAAAUUGAUAAUGGAAUCCCUAUUAAAGCAUGGCAUGAUGAUAAAGAUGAUAGAGAAUUAUUGAAAUUAAUGCACUAUUUAAAAGAUUUAGCAGUGGUAGAAGAUGUCAGGGAAUUAAAUAGGAGAACUUUUGGGCUGCAAAAAGCCUUUGAAUUUUAUAUGAAAAAAUCGCAAAAAUUAAUGCAUAAUUAA